GGGCUCAGUGGCUUUCUACUGGCAGCUUGAGAUGGGCCACAGAAAUAGACAAAUGCUUCCACUAGGGCUUGCUAUGCACCUCCCCGAGAACCAAGAACCAUUUCCCAGUUCAAGCUCAAUUCACCAGCCAUGGAUACAUCCCAUCAAUCCCUAAGGUGCCCGAUGUUGAGGUUUAAAAAGUUGAUGUCUCUGGGUACAGUGAGUAACUUGUCCAGUGGUUAGGCUAAGCUAUAUUUAAUCAGGAACAAUAUCCUCAUCCCAGGUGGAAGAAACAAAAGUAACUUGCUCCACUCAACCGUAUGAUUCUCUGAGAUGUGAAGGUGAUUCACGAAAACACUGCUGUCUCCUGGGCUCAGAACUGUCAGAUUAUUAACAUGAGAACUCGGGCCACGACCAUCUCAUGGCACAGCAAUUUGGCACAGGGCGUUUUAUCAGUGAUCAGAACUCUCCGACCCAGUUGCCUAGUGACAGGGUCACAGAAACAUCGUGGCCUGACAUCCAUUUAUGAGCACCAUGGAGCACAGGCCAGCUGCUGCCUCAGCCCCAGUUGCCCACCCGUGACCCCCUUCAGCACGAUGGUCCGAUGCCGCGUGAAGAGUCCGACUGAAAGUCCAACCGGGCAGCAGGGCUCCGGGCAGCAGGGCGAGACGGAGCGCCCGGAAGAGACGCAGGAGCUGAGGCCGGAGGACAUUCCGGUCUACGGGAGGACUCAAAGAGGCCGCUACCACUACAGACACAGGAGCCACACGCGGCGGCGCCCCUGCAGGAGGCGCCGGAGACGGGCCUGCAGGCACAGGAGGCGCCGUAGAGGUUCGGCGGGCCCCCCCUGUGCUCCCAUCCCCGGCACCCCCCAGGCUUCCAGGCCAGGGCUCAGGCUGCCGAAGGAUGAAGAGAAGGAGGAGGAGAUGCGGAAGGCAGCUCUAAGCUUCCCUGGGCCUACCAGGAAGAGUCACCUGCCAGGAAGCACCUCACAAGACCAUAGCAAAUCCCCCUUGGAGCCCACGAGAUCUUGAGUUAAAAUGAGCAAAAGUCAUCUGCCAAAUAAAUCUUGAGAUAAGAAACUUG